AAACCAUAAUUUCAAGACGUUUGAUGUGGACCGCGACACAACAUAGGGCAUGGAAGAUGGGCAAGAGCUAAAACGUCGAGCAACUCAUGGCGGCUGGGGUCAUUGUGGAGCUUCAGAGAAACUCCCCUAACUGGGCAAAGCUAGUGGAAGACAUAGUGAGGUUGGAGAAAAAGAUCUUCCCUAAACACGAAUCCCUAUCUAGUUUCUUCGAGGAAGAACUGAGAAAGAAGAAUUCUGGAUUGCUUUACUGCGAGAUUGAUGGCGAACUUAUAGGGUAUGUCAUGCACUCGCGACCCUCUUCCUUGUGCACUUCAAUCACAAAACUCGCAGUGAAGGAGAAUUAUAGAAGGCAAGGCCAUGGGGAAGCACUGUUGAAAGCAGCAAUUGGUAUAUGCAAAAGUAGAAAAGCCCUCUGUGUAUCUCUCCAUGUUGAUCCCUCAAGGAUUCCUGCCUUGAAUCUCUACAAAAAACUAGGUUUUCAGGUUGAUAACCUGAUAAAAAAUUAUUACUCUUCAGAUAGAAAUGCCUAUAAAAUGUUCUUGAAUUUUGAUGCUGAAUAGCACUGGAGAAUUUGAAGCCUAGUCCAAAAUUUUGCUGUAAUACAAUCUUUGGAUGAAUUUUUUCUGUCUUUAAAGAUUAUCUAACAAGAUGUAAGCGUAUAAAUGGAAAGCUACUGUGAAGCAAUUGAUAAAUUACAAACUAUUGUGUUCUCUAUUA